AUAUGGUGACCAACGACUCGAAUUCUAUUGCAAGUUGUGGUCGCCUCGCCUCUUUUUUGCUCCCUUUAUUCCAUCAUUUAUCGUCUUCUUGCAUUGCUCGAUCGCCUGCUUUCUCAGCCGAUCUCUCCGGACGAGCCACUUAACUGAUCGAUACAAGGCAGCAAAAUGCUCGCAACUUCGCAAUCUCAGCAUGCCACCAAAACUUUCUGUGGCGAACACCACAUCAUCGACUGGAAAUUCGAGCUCCGCGACAUCAGCCUUCACAAUAGCUGUAUUGUGGGAGGAUUGUGCGCCCUGGCUGAGGAACAAUUCUGUCCAAAGACAAGCUUGUUCGCAGCCUAUCAAAGAAGCGGGCUGUGGGAUGCUUGCGACCCUGAACACCGAGCUUGUCACAUAGACGAGCCCUGCAUGGUCACUGGCGAGAAAUCCUGUGCCAGGAUUCUCUACGUGGCUAAAUAUGAGCACGCCAAUGGCACCUGCUCCGCCCGCGGGCCAGAUCAUGUGUUCUGUCCAACAAUAUCCGAUCUUGACCAACAAUAUUUAUUCCCGGAAUGUUCCGCAUGCCUCAUUUUGACUGAAGCAAGGGGCCUUGUGCUCAUACACCGACGGAUGCUUGACGAGUGUGUGGAAGAUGAAGGGCUGUCAAGCACUGACAUUGAUUGCAUCCGCACAAGUCUCUCUGGGUACAUACGAGCUUACAAUGUCAGGAGGAAACUGCACCUGGAGGAGCUUCAAAAAGUAGUUCAAAUGAAGCAUGACUUGGAGAUGGAUUAUGCCUCUGGUAAUGGGGAGAUUUCGAGGGCUCAGAGCCACGCUACGGGACGGAAGGGGUGGUGGAAGUCAGUUGUCGAAAGAGCCAUGAAUGCCGUCAUUCGCAUUCUGUCUUGAACCUAGAUCAAGCCUGACUCAUCACUAUGGAAGACUCUAAAAGGCUUACUUAAUCUUUCCUACAUGUAAUUAUGGAAAUCUUGGCAUCGUAAAAGUUGUCUCCUAGGGCAUAUCAUGCCAAAACACCUAGCUAUGUCUACCACAGAGCAUCGUCAUCUCAUGUAUGCUGUAUCUUCAGGGCAUUCGCACAUGAGGUUCUAGAGAUAGACUUUGAUGAACUAGCUGAAAGC